UCCAGUGGGUCAUCUUAUUGCUUGCCGUUUGGUCCAUCAAUAUCUGCUGUGCGAAGCAUAGUAAGCACAGGAAUCAACAUCAUAACCAGGACAGCAUCUACUGCUUCAGUGAAAAAGAGCUGGAAAAGACCCCAUCCAAGGUUCUACAUCAUUUUGUGAGCAGCAAGAUGCAUUGGGACAGAUACUCUGCAGUGAACCUGGUGAGCAAGCUGGAGAAAAAUGAGAGGAGAAGAAAAAGACGCAGGAGAGCCCGACAACCCACCUGCCCAAGCAUAAACACUUUGAAAAAGGGGCUUGCCCUAAACGAACGCUCCAUCUCACCAUGGACCUACCGAAUUGACACCGAUAAGAGUCGUUAUCCACAAAAGUUGGCGUUUGCGCACUGUCUCUGCGAUAACUGCAUCAGCUCCGAAUCUGGGAAGGAGACAUCAUCCGUGCUGGUCAGUCAGACAAUGCUGGUGCUACGGAAGAAGAGAUGCCUGGACACACCCAAGUUCACCUUUGAAUUGGAAUACAUAAGCGUCCCGGUGGCGUGCACCUGCUCCGUGGACCGCUAGUAGGACUAAUCUGCUCCUAUGGAGACUAAUCAUUCAAACUAUCCAAACACCCGGUUGUGACUAUGUCACACUCAGUUUGUUUGUUUUAGAACACUUCAUGUCUUAUUUUCACUUUGCAGAAUGUGUCCAGGGAAACUGCUUAAACAACA